AUGCGUUUAAUUGUCACAGUCAAAGAAGGUGUUGAAGAUAUUGUUAAACCAAAUCUUAUAAAAGUUGAUGAUUAUUAUUUUGAGAGCCUUUUUCAUAAAAUUACACUAGAUGCAUAUAGACAAAAAAAUUUGAAAUAUAUUGCCGGGUGGAUGAAAAAUCUUCAUGGGUUUAAAAUUUGUUCAUUAGCAGAUUAUUCAGUUGCACCUAGAAGAAAUGCGUUAGACCUUAUAAUUUGGUUGGACUGGUGGAUUACAUUUAUCAAUACUCUUUGGGCUUUAUUAAUAGAAGAUUUGUAUAAGCUAAUAGAAAUGGUUAAAAAAUAUAUGAUUUAUCUUGAACAAGUCAAUAAUUCAAUGAAUAAAUUACAUAAAUCAUUAGAACCAGCACGAAAUGGGAUAGAAAAUAUUAUGGUUAAAAUUAUUGAAGCUUGUAACCAAUCAGAUUCUAUCUAUGAUGACUUAAAUUUUGCGAUUUCAAAUUUGGAGGAUUAUAAAUAUAUUAAUAUUGAAAGAUAUCUUCCAGAACAAGGCAUCGGUUUUUAUCAGUAUCAUGCUAGUAAUUAUCUUGGAACUACAACUUUUAUAUGGAAAAUACCAAUUGAAGUUAAUAAUCGUACAGAAAUACAAAAUGCACAAACAUUAUUAUCUAUACAAGACCUUAUACCUCAUUAUUUUACACUUGCUAAAGUUACUUCAAUUUUAUUGCGUAAUCUAUAUCAUGAUUUAACUGGAGAUGCAACAAUAGCACCAAAUUAUAUCACAAAAGAAUUAGAUGAAAGACUCUGA